AUGUGCUUUGCCUGCGACCGUCUGGGAAUACCUCGAUUGUAUGAGGAAUGGUCAGAUGAACAGAAAAAUGAUGAUGAAGAAGAGGAAGAGGCCUCAGGGCCACAGCUACCCUACCAGCAAAUGGCAAGCAUUGCCCCGAAGAGAAUGACGGUGGUCGAGUCCGCACCAAGCCACGACGACAGGCCUACUUUUGCCGCGUACUCUGUCCAUGAGACUACUCAGCCCGCCGUAUACAUAGCCAAGCCGCCCCCUUACGAUCUACUCAUAUACGAUGUUACGCCAGACGCCAACCCGUCUCGCGCUGAGAAGAUGGCACUCGCCAUCUUUGAACGCACCCAGAACUACAGCAAGGGACAGAAAAAACGACUCGGGCAAGCGAGCCGCCUGGUGAUAAAGGACGCGGCAGUGGCCAAAUCACGGUUCCUUCCCGAGCUCCUCUGUGACGAGUGGCAUGCCUGGGGCACCCUGGUCAUCAGCUGCGUGACCGAACGCUGGGAAGAGGGCCUGAACUGGCUGGACAAUCACCCCGAGGAGAAAGCCAUUACCAUCACGACGGAAAAGGCUCGAAACGCCCGGUUCGGCACCUGCCUCCUCGUCAAGUGGCAGCCCCGAGAGGCAACCUAG